CGCAGGAACAGGGUAGAAUUUGGUUUUUGGAGUGAUAGCUUACUUUUCACACCAGAUCGGCUAACUCCCGGUUUGGUGGAGCUUUUUGCAGCCCAACAGCUCCUUCAUUCUGUUGUUCGCCUGUAGAUCAUUGGCCAGGAUGACUAUGGAGGCGGCCAGGACGGCUGUGAGGCUGGCGAGCUGCGGGCUCUGGAGGGAGGGAACCUUCAAUCGGGGCCCGUACUACAUUUUAGAGGGCGGGCCUAAGGAUCGCGGGGUCAUGGGCAUGCCGAGUGAUGUCAUGAUCCCCGAGAUGACCUUCUUUGACAAAUGGACCUUUCUGUUCCCAUCAAUUGAAAAGUGGAGAGAGGGCAGAGUCGGCUUCUGGGAUGGACUUAUCUGGUACACGGACGGGUCCAGAAUUGGAGAUCAGCCGGAGCUGGAGCGUACUGCGAGAGAAUGGGCUCGAGCUUGGGUUUGGGUCAGUACUGCACUGUGUUUCAGGCGGAUAUUUUCGCUUUAUUGAUGGCGGCCAGAGAGUUGCUUCGGCUCAACCACGGAAACAGGAGGGUCUUCUUCUGCUCGGAUAGGAGGGCUGCACUUAUGGAGCUGAAGUCAGUGCGCACGCGCUCCUUGUUGAUAAAGGAGUGCAAAGGGGUACUGAAGAGAGUGGCCGAGGAGAGGAAUGUCACGUUGCUCUGGGUCGCGAGAGUCACACCGGUAUCCGAGGCAAUGAGGCAGCGGACGGUAUUGGGCUACAAUAGUUGUUGACCUUCUAUAGGAGGGCGUGGGGGACGCAGGGCGCCCCACUUUAGUACCAAUACCAAUACCCCUUCCUUUCCAACGGGUUUGCUAAAUCAUAAUUGCUAAUUUGAUAAGUCUGGUAGAAAAAAUUCCUUCUUGAGAGAAGUGUACUACGCAUCCAUCGUGUUGCAGUCACGCAUCUCCUCUCGUAGAGGGACGUUUUUUUUUUUUAUAAAAUCGGCAAGUAGUUAAAUCGAUCACCCAAAAUACCACUCUCGACGUUCACAUUCGACCUCUUUUGAUAAUUCGCUUUCACGCGUCCAAUGGAAAUUUACUGGCGAUAAUGCAUAUUAUGCAUUGCAUUGAAAGGCAUCAAUAUACACGCUAUGCAAAUUGACUAUUUCUUUGCUCGAAAAAGUAGCUUCAUUUGUUCGUAAUAUUCGAAAUAAAAAAUUUGGGGUCCUCAUCUAUCCUACAAUUUAGCCAAUUAUAGUAUUCUAUUCAAAGAGAAUUUUAAGUAAUUUAGUAUAACGGCGUAGGUAGUGGUCUUUUAGAAUUCGGUGUAUCGAUGUUUUACUAAUACCCAAGUUAAGCCUGAAUGGGCCAUAGGCAAAAACAAUAAUGACGUUUCGUCCUGUUUUGAGCCAAUAUUUACUUAAACGACUACGACUUUAGGUUCAGAAAAAUAUAUUGGCGGUUUUCACUGGGUUGUUCUUUUGUUUGUCUAUUAAUAAAAAAUAAUAUCUUCGCAUUUUUUCCUUUAGAAAAUUCUGUCUAGUGCCAUUUCAGAACCUCAAGAAUAAUUUUAGUCAUUCAAUUUUUUUUUCAAAAUUUUAAAAACAUGCAUUUCCCCAAUAUCGUACCUA